CUCACCUGUGACGCGGGAACAGUGAUACACGUCAUACAAGUUGCGGGAGGACACCACACAGAUAACAGCUGUACAGUGUCAAUGAACACUUCACUAUGUAAUGAAGUUACAUAUUCAAAAUGGAUAUUCACACUAUGUAACGGGAAGUCGCAGUGUGAACAUGACGUGCUGAAAUCUCGUGACUUCCACAAAUGCAAGAACAUUACAGCAGCACAAGUGAAGUACAACUGUGUGAACAACAACUCGACGCUGGAUAUGUGCACUGACGUCUCCCUGGAACGAAAUACAUCCAGUUCGGUUAUAUACCUGAAAAGCCCCGGAUUUCGAGACUCACUUGCAUCUAAUAAAGAAUGUACGUGUAUUGUGAAAACAGAAGGAAAUUUCAUGAGAUUUCAAAUUCUGGAUUUAAGUUUUUUGUACAAUGAUUCUAAAGGCGAACAUCCCAGUUUCACAGCAAAUAAUGCUGACAAGACUUUGUGGGACACAGAAAAAGAGAGAAACCUGUCUUGUCCAGCUUUGACAUGUUCAUCUUUCAAAAAACAAAAGCUUAACAUCACCAACGGACAAAAACAUGUUCAAAUAUUUUACAACAACAAAAAUCUGUCUCAACAAAAUCUGUGGAUAGAGAUAACAGGUAAGUCUACCAUUUACUGUUGUAACAACUCGACGCUGGACAUAUGUACUGACGUAUCCCUGGAACGAAAUACUUCCAGUUCGGUUAUAUACUUGAAAAGCCCUGGAUUUCCAAACUCACUUGCAUCUGAAAAAGAAU